AUGUCCUCCAACCACGCCUCGCUAGAUGCGGCCUCUAACGACCGAAAAGCCCGCCUGGCCAAGCUCGCCGCACUUAAGCGCAAACAACCCGAGCCCGAAGAACCGACAGAUGCCAGUCUCGAUAGUGAAAAGGCAGACAAAUCCACUUCCGAAGUGACAACAAAAUUCCUCUCCGGCCGCAAUUACGAUGCCGAAACCCGCGGGCCAAAAUUGGGCUUCGAGCAAGGUCCGCAAGAGGGGCAAGUGACGGUGGAAGCUCAAGCCGCCGAAAUCGCAGAAGCUGUGAAAGAACAAGCUCAAAAGGACGAAGAUGGCGAUCAACCAGUCGAUUUAUUCAAGCUGCAACCGAAGAAGCCUAAUUGGGACCUUCGGCGGGAUUUGGAUGAGAAACUCAAGAUUCUCAACGUGCGGACAGAGAACGCUAUUGCCCGCCUAGUACGACAACGGAUAGAGACUGCACAACGCGCGGCGAAGGAACGGGGCGCAACUACCAACGGUGAAGGAGGGGAGGAAGUCGGCAUCGAGGGAGAUGCGCUUGUGGAGGGAAUUCAUAUGCGGGAGCAGGAAGUCAGCAACGAUGAGGAUGUGAUUUGA